GAAAAUUACUCACAGAGCCCAAAUUCACAAUAUUUCCUCUGUUUUCCCUUCCCAGAAAAAAAAACUUGAAAUCUUUAAUCUUGUCGGCCUCAAAAUAUAGUUUCUUGCAUAUUAGAUUUCUACACACUCAGCUAAUAGUUCCGCUUGACCAAUUGUUGUUUACUUUCAAUUGAGCUCAGUUUAAUUGGGAGUUCAAUCGGAGAAAUGAACAUCAAAUCUUGAAUUCGCAGCUGAAAAUUCAAAUGGCGAUCAAAGGGGUUGAUUUCAAGUGGUAUGAUGGGUUCUUCUUGUCUAUGCUAGCUACAAGUGUAAUCAUUGUGGCAAUCAAUUGGAAGAGAUACCAUUCAUGUGCUAACCCUUUGCACAUAUGGAUUGUGGUUGACUAUACGACUGUGUUCAUUUUCCGGCUCUUGAUGUUUGUUGAUAAUGGGUUGGCUGCCGGAAUGGGAUUAGAUCUUGGUUGGCAGCAGAGAUAUAAACGUUUUUACGGAAGGAUUGUUGUGCUGUCCAUCCUUGUUCUGCUACUUUAUCCCUUCCUUCUGGCUUGGACGGUCAUUGGUACUCUUUGGUUCAAUCGUUCAAGAACCUGCUUGCCAGAAGAUGGUCAAAAAUGGGGUUUCCUUAUUUGGCUGCUAUUCAGCUAUUGUGGACUCGUUGGCAUUGCUUGCAUCUGUAUGGGAAAGUGGUUAACAAGGAGACAGGCACAUCAAUUGCGUGCACAACAAGGGAUCCCCGUUUCAGAAUAUGGAGUUCUAGUCGACAUGGUUAGAGUGCCAGAUUGGGCCGUUGAAGCUGCUGGGCAAGAGAUGAGAGGGAUGGUCAAGAUGCAGGAAGUAGCGAUGUACCACCCAGGACUUUACAUGACCCCAGCUCAGAGAGAAGCAGUUGAGGCACUUAUUCAAGAACUUCCAAAGUUCAGGCUCAAGGCAGUUCCAACUGAUUGCAGUGAGUGUCCAAUAUGCUUGGAGGAGUUUCGCGUUGGAAACGAG